AUGGCUUAUGUUGGUUUGCCGGGUCUUUAUGUGAUUAACAGUGAUGGGUCAGGUAACCGAGAGAUAGAUUCGUAUGUUAGUGCGUUUCCAACGGUGUGGGACCCCAAGCGUAAAGGUGUGAUCUACACGAGCGUCGGGCCAACCUUUGAGAGCGAGGACACCAGUGUAGAUAUAUACUCGGUUGAAGUUGAUGUGGAUGAACCGCGGUUUACAAAACUCACCAUUGAUGGACUAAACAACGUUUUUCCAGCGGUUUCACCUGAUGGGAAAUGGCUUGCUUUCAGGUUGGGUCGAACGGGUCAUAAGAAUUUGUAUAACACGAAUGCUGUUGCAGGUGAGAAGGGGGGUCUAACUCAAUUGACAAACGGACCAUGCUCCGAUACGCUGUCUAAUUGGUCUCCGGAUGGGGGCUGGAUCGUAUUUGCAUCCGACCGUCACAACCCAGGUUCAGGAAGUUUUGGGUUGUAUAUAAUCCACCCAAAUGGAACUGGGUUGCGACACUUGAUCCAUAGUGGCUCAGCCGGACGUACAAACCACCCAUGGUUCAGCCCGGAUGGGAAGCACACUGUUUUCACCUCAGACUAUGCAGCUGUUUCUGCUGAACCAAUGUCGAAUCCACAUCACUAUCAGCCAUACGGAGAGAGAUAUUUACCAUGA